UUGUUUUAUAAUUGAUUAAUAAUUAUGGAAUCUUAUUUCAAAAACUCCAAGCCAGACGCUUCUACUGUUCGUAAUGCUCCAAAGAAGCUCUUUGAAGAAUGCGUGCCCCUCUGCUUCCCAGCAGGAGCCCAAGAAUACUCAGACUCUAUGAUGCAGUGAGCAAUGAACUGUAAAUCCAAGACUUCACAAACCUUUCUUGCUUUUAAGGAAAUUUAUAAGGAAAGACUCCAAGAUGAUGGAUAUGUUAUCAACGAGAACUCUUACAAAAACAGUGCUAACCCUUUUGAAGGGAUGGAGGGAAAUCCUAGGCUGAUCAAUGCGAAGAAGAACUUUACUGUAGAAAUUUCUCCUCCAUCAAGAAACUACCUAUAAUAUUUGUAAAGCUUGUUCUACCUAUCUUCCAUUUAUAAUUCAUAAGUUACGUUAUCUAAACUGUCUUAAUGGUCAGGACUUUUCUUCCUCGAAAUUUCUCAAAGCCGAGAUAUCGGCUUAUCAAACAUGUUACAAAAAUCAAUUUUUUCUAAAUUUGAAUCUUUCAUUGAAGUCAGUGAAUUCGGCGAUUUCUG